AUGGGUAUGCUAUCAGCUGUGUAUUCACGAAUGGGGGAUGAGGCUUCCACUGUUUCAGAGAGCUUGCAAGCAUCUCUUUCCCAAGCCUUGGUUCUCUUCUAUCCACUUGCCGGCCGACUCAAAACCGCUGCCUCUGUCGACUGCAACGACCAAGGAGCUCAUUUUCUCGAGGCCCGAGUUAACUGCCACCUCUCGGAUUUGCUCAAAGUUCCCCAGCACAAGUUGCUUAACAACCUUAUCCCCGAGUUUGAGCCUAAAACAGUUGAGUUCGCGUUGGGUUCAGUUGUUUUGAUCGUUCAAGUGAGUCUUUUCAAGUGUGGAGGAGUCGCUGUUGCUGCGUCGCCGAUACACAAGAUCGGGGAUACCGGCGGAUAUUACAAUUUUUUACAAACAUGGGCUGCCAUACACCGUGGUGAAACCGAUCAACUAGCGCUGCCUGAGUUUAAUGGAGCAUCUAUUGCUAGUCUCAAGGCAAAAAUCGGAGGUACAAACGUAGAACUUGUUUCGGCAAUCAUCCUCAGAAGUGCUCUUGUUGCUUGUCAUAGAUCGAAGCCGGAGACUGCUUCAGGGACAACUGUGUUUUCCCAAAUUGUAAGUUUCGGCAAUAGAAUAGUCCCGGCUGUGGCGCCAAACGUGAUGGGAAACUGGUUUUGGUCGGUUCAAGUGAUAUUCAAGGAAAACGAGACGGAACUACAGGAGUUGGUGGCUAAGAUGAGGAAAGGAGUAACAGAGUUCAACAAGGAGAAGGCGCACAGAUUCAAAGGCGAAGAUGGAUACAGGGUUGUGUCCGAGUCGCUUAGAGAGAGGAGAGAGUUGUUUAAGAGCACAAAGGGGUGCAUCAAUCUUUAUAGGGGUACAAGUUUGUGCAAGCUCCCCAUAUAUGAGCUCGAUUUUGGUUGGGGGAAGCCGACAUGGGAAGAAAUGGCUAUAUUUGAGAGUGAAGAGGAGCUCCUUUCAUUUGUAUCUGCAAACCCUAGCGCAAUUGUUCUCAUUCUCGCUGCUGCGUGUCAGAAUUUGGUUGGGAAAAGAAGCCAUCUGGGAUCAACCAUACUGUUACCGGUCAAUAGAAGGGUUGUGCUCUGUACUUCUGUUGCUUUCAUUGAAGUUUUCAAAAGAGCUGUGCCGACAAAGCACUAUGCUGAUUUGGGUGUAUCUUUGUUGGGGUUCAGGAGUACCUUGGCUUUUCAGGUUAUAUUAGCCUCUUUGGAGCAAGGGGUUCGGGAGGAAAUAUAA